CUAACGCGGCGUUCUCAUAGUACUUUGUCUCUCCCCGCAAGUCACAUCGCGGCAUGAAUAUUCCCCGAUGACAACCCUGUCGUUUCAACGUAGUAUGGUCGAGAACUGGACUUGGGGAAUAAAUAUCGUUGUUAGGGACGGCCUCAUAAUGGAGCAGGCAAAGACUCCGUUUGGCUCCAUAACCGGCACAAGGUCGGAGAGAUUCAACAUUCAAAGUUGGCAGGCCAAUCACAACCGGCAAAAAUACGGGUGUACAUUGACGUGACCGCGCCGCAGUUGGAGGAUAUGAAGGAGAAUAUAUUUGCAAAGCAUGUGGAUAGAAAGAAAAAGAUUACAUCGAGCAGGAUUCCUAAAAGAAAUCUUGAGUAAAUAACAGCAUUCACACAACGACAGGAUAGAGAUAAAUCAGAAGGAAGGCAACGGAAGAAUCCACACGGUUUUAUGCGCUCUCGGAAAACAAGUCUUUUGACUCUUUACAUCCGUAAUAAAUUUCAUCAAAAGAGAGGAUAUGGCAUACGCAGCUCACCUCAUUUCAAUAAACUUGACUAGCAACAGCCGAUAUCUGAAUAGACGAGGAUAACAUUAGCUUUGAC